AUGAGCAGACCACGCUUCUUCAAUGCUCCCCGCAAGGGUGAGAACUUCGAGCUGCGGGCCGACCUCAACUCGGAAUACAGGGAUCGUAGAAAGGAUGCCAUCAAGCGUGUCAUCGCCAACAUGACCGUCGGCAAGGAUGUCAGUGGUCUUUUCCCUGAUGUGCUUAAAAACAUGCAGACAGAAGAUUUGGAACAGAAGAAGCUUGUCUACCUCUACCUCAUGAACUAUGCAAAAACACAACCCGAACUUGUCAUCCUUGCCGUCAACACAUUUGUCAAGGACUCGGAAGAUCCCAACCCGCUCAUUCGCGCCCUCGCCAUCCGGACCAUGGGAUGCUUGCGUGCUGAGAAGAUCAUCGACUAUCUUUCUGAUCCACUCGAAAAGUCACUGCGCGAUGAGAACCCAUACGUCCGCAAGACUGCUGCUAUUUGCGUCGCCAAGUUGUAUGACUUGAAACCAGAACUCGCUGUCGACCGCGGCUUUGUAGGCAUUCUCAAGGACAUGGUCGGAGACAGCAAUCCUAUGGUCGUCGCCAAUGCUGUUACCGCACUCACCGACAUUCACCAGACUGCGCUCGAGAACGACCCUUCCGGACAAUCCGCUGUUUUCGUCAUCGACUCAGACAUCCUCGCCAAACUCCUGAUCGCCCUCAACGAAUGCACAGAAUGGGGUCGUAUUGCCAUUCUCAAUUCUCUCGCUCGCUACCGUGCAAAGGACGAAAAGCAAGCCGAGCACAUCUGCGAACGUGUCAUGCCUCAGUUCCAACACGCAAACGGCAGUGUCGUCCUUGGCGCCGUUAAGGUUGUCCUCAUUCACAUGGCCAAGGUCCGCAACAACGACGAACUCAUCAAGCAACUUGUCCGCAAGAUGGCACCACCUCUUGUCACCCUCAUCUCUUCCGCUCCUGAGGUGCAAUGGGUCGCACUCAGAAACAUCAACCUCAUCUUGCAAAAGCGUCCCGACAUCUUGCAAAAUGAACUCCGUGUCUUCUUCUGCAAGUACAACGAUCCAUCUUACGUCAAGCUCGAAAAGGUCGAGAUCAUGAUCAAACUCGCAAACGAGCGCAACGUCGACAUGCUACUUUCGGAGCUCAAGGAGUACGCAUCCGAGGUCGACGUUGACUUUGUUCGACGGGCAAUCAGGGCAAUUGGUCAGUGUGCUAUCAAGAUCGAUGCUGCGGCUGAAAGGUGUGUCCACGUACUCCUCGAUUUGAUUGCCACCAAGGUUAGCUACGUGGUGCAAGAAGCGGUGGUGGUAAUCAAAGACAUCUUCCGCAAAUAUCCACACAACUACGAAGGCAUCAUCCCCACCCUCUGUUCCAACCUCGAAGAGCUCGACGAGCCAGAAGCUAAGGCAUCGCUCAUCUGGAUCCUCGGAGAGUACGCAGACAAAAUCUCCAACGCCGAAGACCUCCUCGCACAUUUCCUCGACUCGUUCACAGACGAGCCUUACCAAGUCCAAUUCCAGACGCUUACCGCGAUUGUCAAAGCCUUCCUCAAGAAACCAGACAGCAGCCUAGCACAGCAAGUCGUGCAACAAGUCCUGGAGAAAGCCACCAAAGAAUGCGAUUCUCCAGACUUACGCGAUCGUGCAUUCAUCUAUUGGCGCUUGCUUUCUUCUUCCGACUCCAAUGCUGGAAGGAAUGUUAUUCUUGCUUCUCGUCCACCGAUCUCCAUCCCAACAACAACUGUUCCACCGGCUGUGCUGGACGAGCUGGUUUCAGAGCUCUCGAGUUUGGCGAGCGCAUAUCAUAAGCCAGCAGCAACAUUCAUCGGUAAAGCCCGGAUCGGAGCUGAUGGUGUUCGCAACGGUCAGGCAGAAGCAGCAAAAGACGAAAUUACGCGCGAAAAGGCUCUCGCAACCGUCGUUCAGGGUCAAAAGUCGGAAAACUUGCUCGACUUUGGCGAAGACGAUGUCGACAUCCCCGCCAACAACGGUGCAGCGAAGAACGGUGCUGGUGCUCUAGGUGCUUUGGCUGGACUAGAUGAUCUGAUGAUGGGCGCUAGUAUUAGUUCGCCAACGACGGCUUCGGGUGGGAGUGCAGGGGCGGCGGCUCCAGUAGGAGGUGGUGGUGGGUUGAAUGACUUGCUGGGCUUGUUUGAUAAUGCGCCAGGAGCAGAGGAGCCUGGAGCACAGAGUGGAGUGCAGGCGUUGAAGGCGCUCUCGGCGACACCAGCUACGAAUGUUGGGUUUGGCUCGCCAUUGACACCGAGCACAACAAGUCCUAGUCCUGGGCAAACAACAACGGCGAAGCCUACACAAAGUGGUCAGGACAACUUGCUUGGCUUGUUCUAA